GAGUCCAUGCCUUAAAGCUUCACUUAUCUAUACAAUACACCCCCAUUAUCUACGCACCCUGCUUACGCAAGCACAGACACGGGUCUUUUGUUCUGUUAGAUAUUCGUUGUAGAAAUCUUUACAAAGUUUUAGGUUGUCACUGAAGUAGCAAUCAAAAGCCUGUACAUAAGUGCUGGUGCCGCUGUACAACAUUCACCGUUCACCUGAUAUGUUCACAGAGUAACAGCAACCAUGAAGCUGUUGAAGAUAUGGUUCAACACAUUCGCAGUCCUCCAGUUCAUUCUGCAUCAAAGAGUUCAAGGACCUGUCGUAGGCAUCUUUGAUGAACAAUGGAGUCAGUGGUCAGGUUCAUGCUCACCUACAUGUGGAUCCGGAAGAACCAUUUCAUACUCCAGGGUGCGUAGUGUCUGCACACUUGGCUUUGUAUGUAGUCUCAAAUCUGAAAGAAAAGAAGAACAUUGUCUGCCUGUUUUAUGCCCAGUUGAUGGUGUUGUUUCCACUUGGAGUGUUUGGAAUGACCCCAUUUGUUCUGUGACCUGUGGCGCAUCAGCAACGAAGAUUAGAAGUAGGACGAGAACAUGUACACCUCCCCGAUAUGGUGGCAACAGCUGUCCUUCACCCUUAACUGAAGCGCAAAGCUGUGGCUUAAAUGGCUGUCCAGUUGAUGGAGUUUUGUCAAUAUGGACCGCUUGGACCAAUCCUCCAUGCUCUGUGUCAUGUGGAGCAUCGGCAACAAAGAUGAGAGUCAAGACGAGGACAUGCACGCCUCCCCAGUAUGGUGGGAAGGAAUGUACAGGGAAUUUAAAUGAAGCUUUUCAAGUUUACUGUGGCCUAAAUGACUGUCCAGUUGAUGGAGGCUAUGCUGCCUGGAGUGAGUGGUCCCCGUUUCCCUGCUCUGCAACAUGCGGAAUUAAUGCCACAACAGUCCGGACACGGUCAAGGUCCUGCACCAACCCAGUGCAAAAAAUCAUGGAGGAGCACCCUGUUCAGGUCCCUCUUUUGAAAGAAGCUCUUUCACUUGUGGUCUUAACUCAUGUCCAGUUGAUGGAGUUGUCUCUACUUGGAGUUCUUGGAGCAAUCCUCCAUGUUCAGUGACGUGUGGAGCAUCAGCAACAAAGACCAGAAGUAGGACGAGAACAUGUACACCUCCCACGAAUGGCGGACGGGACUGUUCCGGAAAUUUGACUGAAACGCUCAGGCAGAACUGUUUCUUGUGUGAAU